AGCACCUCAAAAUGAAUUUCGUUUGCAAUUGUCACACUCAACUCCACCACCAUAACGGCCACCGGCGAAAUGGCCUCGAAAUUGUGUUUCGCCAUAGCCUCGUCUCGUUUCGUCACUGCUCCGGUUCGGAGACCCUCUGCUGGUUUACCUUUAUCCGGUUCGUAUCGGUUGGCUGGGUCCAAUGAUCACUCGAUCAAGAUGAUCGGAAGAGAGGUUGCGAUUCGACGGAGAUUGAUUAUUAUUUCCCCAAAGGCCACUAGUGAACAGCCAGGUAAAGUUGAAGAAGAUGAAUUUACUGCAGAUUCUGUUGAUAGCAACAUAAUGCCUUAUUGCAGCUUAGAACAAAAGAAGAAAACAAUAGGAGAAAUGGAACAAGAAUUUCUUCAAGCAUUACAAGCAUUCUAUUACGAAGGAAAAGCUAUCAUGUCGAACGAGGAAUUUGAUAAUCUCAAGGAGGAACUCAUGUGGGAAGGAAGCAGUGUUGUAAUGCUAAGCUCUGAUGAACAGAAGCUUCUAGAGGCUACGAUGGCGUACAUAUCUGGUAACCCGAUAAUGAGUGAUGUAGAGUUUGACAACCUGAAAAAGCAACUAAAGAAAGAUGGAAGUGAUAUAGUGGCUGAGGGUCCAAGAUGCAGUCUUCGUAGUAGAAAGGUUUACAGUGACCUGACUGUUGAUUACCUCAAAAUGUUCCUCAUAAAUGUCCCAGCUGCUGUUGUUGCAGUAGGAUUAUUCUUCUUCCUCGAUGACAUUACUGGGUUCGAAAUCACAUACCUUUUGGAGCUUCCAGAGCCAUUUAGUUUUAUCUUCACUUGGUUCGCGGCUCUGCCGUUCAUAUUAUGGUUAUCCUUUACGCUAACCAACGUCAUUGUGAGGGAUUUCUUGAUAUUGAAGGGCCUUUGUCCAAACUGUGGGACAGAGAAUACUUCAUUCUUUGGAACCAUAUUGUCAAUUUCCAGUGGGGGUUCUACCAACACUGUCAAAUGCACAAACUGUCAAACCGUACUAGUGUUUGAUCAAGAAGAUCGGUUGAUAACAUUGCCAGAAGGAAGUGAAGCUUGAGUUCGGGAGAACAUGGAUAUGGACCAUGAGUGGAUUUAUGUUUGAAGGAAGAAGCUACUGUAAAUGUACCUAGGAUUUUUCAUGAAUAGGGUUACACGUUUGUUUAGGUGGUACUGCAUAAGCGUGCAUUCGCGUUUUAAUCAUAUCGUUGUCCAUGUAUGUUCAUGUGCAUAGCAUGAGACCAUGGAUUAUGUAUGUUCAUAUGUAUAUUCUACAUUGGGUGCAUGCUCUGCUUAUACAAGGCAGCCUCUUUUAAGUAAUAACAUCCCACACUAUACAUAUAUUUUUGUUUUGA